AUGAUUGCUGGGGGUGGCAAUUUAUUUACUGUUGAUUAUUUAAUUACAGUUGGUGUUUUUGCAUUAUUCACAUUUUCAUUAAUACUAUGGAGGAUAGGGCACAACCUUAUUGUCAAAGAAAAAUGUAGUAAAUUGAAACAAUCAGUUCAAAUAAUUAGCGCAUUUUUAUUAUUAAUUGUUUUCUUUACAUUUUUCUUUAUGGCAUCAGCAUUUGAAAAAACAACAAAUUUCAGAGUUGUUCAAGUAAUUACAUUAUUAUUAUUAGUUAUUCAAAAUUUUUUACCUUUAAUUUUCUUUGGAAUUAUUUUUUUAGUUUUACAUUUUUGGAUUGGAAUUUAUAUGGAUAUAUUUAAAAUGUCAACAGGUAGUAUUUUUACAAAAUAUACAAGAAUUUUAUUUAGUAUUGUAUCAAUACCAUUGAUUGUGUUAGCGAUUUUAAACGUUGUAUCAUUGAAAAGAGUUUUUAUGUUUAGAACCAGACAGAAGAUUGAUUUGGCUGUAUUUUUAUUACCAACAAUAAUUGCAUUGGCUUUAUCUUCAUUUAUUUUAUGUUAUAGUAUAUUUUUAUUAUUUAAACUAUAUGAUAAACAAUUUAAAAAGAAAAUGUUUAAAUAUUUAAUAUUUAGAUUCAUUUUUGUUUCAUUUAGUAUUUUGCUUAGUUGUAUUUUAAAUAUUGUUAAUAGAUAUAUGUUCAACUUUUUAUUACCAUUUGAAUUUCAUUUGGUAUUUUUAUUAAUAAUAUGUUUUGAAAUUUGCUUUUUAAUUUAUUUCGAUUUCAAAUUUUUACAUCUUAGAUCAAUAGAAAAUGGAUUGGUAGUUGCCUAUUGUAAAAUUACAGGCCGUGAAUAUUUUGAUGCUAGAGUUGCCACAGGAGGAAAUGUUUGUUCAUCUUCAACUCAAAAUUGUGAAUCAAGUGGUGAAAAUAUUAAUGGUGGUGGUGAAAUUAAUAAAGAAAUUUUCCAAACAAAAAGACAAAAUUCAUGUGAUAUCAUAAGCCAUGAUGGAAAACAAUUGAAUGAAAAAACAAAAUCAAAGUUCAAAUUAAAAUUGAAUAAUACACCAAAUUCAUCACCAAGAUCAACUGUUACAAUUAAUGAACCUACUGAUAUUCAAAUGGAACCAAUCCAAAGAACUGAUAGUUUCGAAAAUGAUCUUCGUGCCUUAGAUAUUUUACAUUUCAAUAAAAAUAAUAAACAAUACACAAAAACUGAUGAUGAUGAUAAUAUUGAUGAAGAUGGAGCAAAUACAAUGAAAGUAAUACCAACAAUUAUUAAUGAUCAAAAACAAUCACAACCUCAACAUCAGGUAACAAUUAUACAACCAAUAAUUGAUGAAGCCUCAUUCAAUGCCCUAAAUAAACAAAGUUAUACAAACACUUGUAGUGUUUUCAAUAAAGACGAUGAUUUUACACCAAGCGAUACAAGUGAUAGUAAUAACAGUAUUUCAAUUAAUAAUAGUUUACCUAUAAAUUAUCUAAAUGAAUUAAUUGAAAUUGAUGAAGAAUCAAUGGUUCAUAAUCAUUUAGAUGAUGAAGUUUAA